AUGCGAUGCACUCUUUGCUUAGGUCUUGAUAUUCAAAAAUUAAUUGAUUAUGCUGAGGUUGAGUUCUCGGGGUGGUACAUACCCAAGAGUUCCUUCUAUCAGCACUAUGCCUCGAUUCACGAGCUGGAGAAAUCAGCUGAUGGAGGUUGCGACCUUUGUGCACUUAUGAUAUACGCCUUCAAGAAUUCUAGAUCAGAUGACCACCGGUAUUAUGCUAUAGAGGAUAGUGAUCUUCUUAGCGCCAUCAAGGAAUGGGUAGAAACUUCGUCUAUCCGAAUUUCUAUCCAGGCGAGCCACAUUUACGUUGCCAAGCCAUUAGAGGAGGCUCAAAUGCUGGACAUGCUCCAGAUCUCGGCUGGGGAAUACAAGGAGACAAGUUCAGACCCUGAUGAGAGCUCUCUCCAGGAGCCACCGACAGUGUUCCUGCAGUUGUUAACACCCCUGGAGCACCCACUGAAACUCGGAAGAUACGAUAUUGGACGCUUCAAAACGGACGUAGACCUUGGCUCGGACUCCAAUGUCGCUAUAGCCAAGAAUUGGAUCGAUACGUGCUCAAAUCAUCAUCAAGGUUGCCCUUCACCAGACCCGACAAGCUUUCCUACACGUGUUAUUGAUGUAGGAACAAUCGGCGACGCGAAAUGUAGCCUAUUCAUUCCUAAAUCUGGGUUCAUUUCGCGAUAUGUAGCACUGAGCCAUUGCUGGGGUGGCCCUAUUGAACAUAUCCUACUCAAGAAGACGUUAGCUGAGUUCCAGACCAGCAUACAUUGGGAUAAUCUCGAGGCAAAUUUUCAAGAUGCUGUAACAAUUACCCGAAAUCUCGGACUCAGGUACCUCUGGAUUGAUUCGUUGUGCAUUAUCCAAGACGACUUCGAUGAUUGGGCUGUUGAGUCCGCAAAAAUGGCUGACCUUUAUCGCAACGCGUUUGUGACGAUAUCGGCAAUGUCAUCGCCUAUUAGCAGCCAUGGCAUCUUUCAGACUCCCAUAGAGGUGGAAAAUCCAACUCCACCAGCUGUUGAUAUCUGCCUAUCGAACGACAAUCAGACCACUGUUUCAGUUGCAACGUUCAGUCAAGGAGACAGAUCUAGGGUUGAAGACCUUCGUUGGCUCUAUUUGUACUCACCAUUAUGCAUCCGCGGUUGGUGUCUGCAGGAGUCUGUGUUAUCUCCGAGAAUCCUACACUAUGGUGUCUCUCAAAUCUACUGGAAGUGUUCCCGUGGCUUUCAAUCGGCUGAUGGUGCCCUUCCGGGGAAUUUGUUCCCCGAAAACGAGUUUUAUCCGGCGCUAUCUUCUGUUUUAUACUCAGACCUUGCAAGGGGCGGCGAUUCAUCAAUGGUGGUUGCACUUGACAAGAGGAGGCUCAUGGAUGAGUUUUAUGAACUGGUUAAUCAAUACACAAAGAGAAAACUAUCGUACUGGAGGGACAAGUUGCCGGCUUUCUCUGGACUUGCUCAGAAGAUGCAUGCCGCCGUUGGUGGGACGUACCUCGCUGGCAUUUGGAGUGAAGAUAUCCGGAGAGGCCUCUCAUGGCAGAAAGAAAUGUCAUGGGCGAGACAUGCGUCGACUUACCAGGCUCCAUCAUGGUCAUGGGCCACCACCAACGACUUAGUCAAUUUUGAUAACCCUGAUUCUUUCGAGGAUGAGGAUAACCUUAUUCUCGUAGACUCUGACAUCCAGUUGGUCAACAAAAACAACCCGUACGGCGCUGUGAGGUCUGGUCACAUCAUUGUACGCGGUCUUACAAUGGAGCUCUGGCGUACUGUGGGGACGAUCAGCCAGACAGAGCUUGAAUCAACAAUAGACCUUGGUACCGCCCUAUGGGAUGAGCCAAUGUUUGAGGGAGACUCUCUUGGACUGACAAUGAGGCAUAUACGCGAAGUGAUAGAUGUCAAAACUGGAGAGCAGGCAUGCUUUUUGGAAGGAAUUGAAGCUGGAUAUCGCGACUUGCUUGAGGCAACAAUACCGGGGCUGGAAGAUAUUGAGUCAAAGAGAUAUACUGUUCUUUUAGUGAGCAAGGCUAGCCCUACAGAAGAAGAUCACAGGGAAGGGGGGCAUUGCAUCAUACUGGAAAAGCAGAUGGAGGAAGAUGCAUAUCGGAGGGUAGGAUUGCUGUCUUUGUUUCCAUACCCUCUCACAAGAUUCAAAGGUUGGAAGAGCGAGACCCUGAAACUUAUAUGA